AUGAUACCCACUGUUAACUAACGCUUUUACCAAGCUGUUUCUACCACCAUGGAGGAAAUUUCAAAAUCUGCUAAGGCGGGGAGUCCUAUCUCACCUGUCACCACCCCGGGCAAUGAGAAGGACUUUGGGCGCAGUAAAAACGAUUCCCUUACAAGUGUUGACAUUCAGGAAAUGGAAAGAGUUCGUUUGUCCUUACAGAGCAUGCUUAAAUCUUCUGAACAUUUUCUUCAAGCUGACAAAACAUCACCAAAGUCAACCCAUACUCCUCCUGAUAAAAUGCGUUUCUCUUCCCGUGACGAAGACAUGUUCCCCACCAUUACCACAGCCAAUCUCAUGAGCAACUAUCUCAACACAGAUACAAAAGAGGUUAGAGUAUCUGGUGAUUCCACAAAGUUCAGUGAAGAUGCAGACGCUGCAAAAAGAUCAAACAAAAACUAUGAUAAAUCUCUGUUGCUUGAGAACACGCUUCUUAACGAAACCCUCCAAAAAGAACGGUCCAAGAGGAAGCAUUGUGAAAAGCAAAUUAAAGUUCUCCAAUCCAAGCUUCUAGAAACCCAACAAGAGCUUGCUGUUGCUGUCUCUGCCGAUAGGAAGAAAGAUGUAAUGAUAAACCAGCUUGAUAAAACACUUGCACACGUGGUUGAAGACUGGAAAAAACACGAGGAAGAAAAAUUCGAUACGAUCAGCAAACUUGAAGUACAACACGACAAUGACGCAAAAUUUCAGCAAAGGCAGCAGGAGAUAUUAGCCCAAUUUGAAAAAGAUUUAUCUUUGGCCGCCGAAGCUUUAUCUCAGGAGCAAGAAAGAGCCGCAAAUGUCGAGAGGGAAAAAGACGCUCGGAUUACUGCUUCACUUCAGGAAAGAGACGAAAUUCUCCACCUUUUAGAGGAAGAGAAAGCCAAGAAUGCAAAUCUAGACAGGGAUUUUGAAUGUCUAGAGGAAGAUGUCCAAAAAGCUCAAGAAUCACAAAAGUUGAUUGAACAGGAAAGACGCAAUUGGCAAGAGGAGAAGUCCCAGUUGGAAUCUCAAAUUGAGCUCAUAACAAAAGCUCACACUGAAGACUUGGAACACGAAAGGACACUCGUUGAGCAAGAAAAGCAAGUUGCCGAGGAUAGUCAGCGUGUACUCAGUGCAGUGCAAAAAGAGGUUCAACAACUAACCGCCCAACUGGACACUUGUUUUCGAGAAAAGGAAAACCUAAAAACCGAGAUAACGCUGCUCACGGCGAAGUUCGAAGCACAACGCACAAGGCAAGAUAGCGAACAUCGAGCAGAGCUGGAAAGACAAACGAGUAAGAGUUUACGAGAUGCCCAGAGCCAGCUGAGCAAAAGUGAAAAUGAAAUAAAAAUUGGUCACAAGAAACAGAUUGACGAGUUAACAAAGAAGUACAAACGUGAUUUGGAAGAACAACUAAACAACUUUCACCGGCAACUGAAAGAGAGCGACAAAAAGUUGCAAGAAACUAACGAAGAAUACGAAGAAAGAUUAGCAAAAUCACACAAAGAUCUGAUGUCUGUGUCAACCGAAAGAGAGACGUUAAGGAAUGAAAAACAUAAGUUGAUCACUCGACUUCAAAAGAUGAUGCAAUCCCACUGUGCGGAAGCAAUGUCUCUGCUGACUGCCACAACGGAAAACUCGACAGUAGGGAUAGUAGGAGCUUUUAAUGAACAUGACUCGACGUGGAUGUUACGACAGACACCAACACUGGUUACAAGUGCCGCGAACAUUGGACCCCUCCGAGAAUCGACUCGUACUUUUCCAUCAUAUGUAACUCCCGACUCACAUGGCCAUGCGAUUCGAUCUUCACUCGUCAGUAACAGAGGUCAACAACAGCAACAACCAAUGCAACAUCCGCCACAUGCAGCCCACGUCGCAAAGAUGGAAAGCGACGAAUCGGUGCACAACUGGGUUAGGCUUCCCACGAUGCCGGCAGAUACAACCACUCACAUCUCGUACCCAAAUACAUCAUACAUCAGCCAUGAACCAAUUGUGAAUGAUGUGAACCGUACGCUACAAGAGAGCGACAUUCAUACACGUCAACGAAAUAAGCACGCUGAACGCUACCAAUCUCAUGACCCUGAUAUCGAGGAAGAGGAGAUUAGUCCAACAACAACAAACGAAAGCCUAUUGGAACAAUCGCCUGAUGAUUUAGAAUCUACUAAACCACAAUCGACCGUGAACCUUAGUGCUGAUGUUUUGAAAAUGCUACAACAACAACAAUCCAGGCAAACUGAACUUAACCACUACGUUCGUCAGCUUUUGAAACAAUCUCCCAGCAACACCAGUAAUGAGGAAUUCACUGAUAUUGCUGCUGUCACAUCGGAUGAUGGAAAUGAGAACAGUAAACCUGAUGGAUUACCAGCUGGGAAACAAGAUAUGCUAUCUAGUGAAUCUACAUAUUCAGACCUUGGUGAUAUGAAACAAAUGGCAUUUACUAAAUCUGCUGCGACGCCUGGUAAACGUUUCAGUAAAAUUCCUAUCGCCCAAACACCGCCAAAUAAAGACAGACCACCUGGGAAAUCUCCGGGGAAAUCAACCCUCACCCCUGAACAAGUAGGACAGUUAACUCGAUUGCUUCAAAUGUACCAAAAAGACAACAUGGACAGUGAGUUACCCUCUCCUCAAAAGAUGUUUCAAUACUUGAGAGAGGUUCAGAUCAGGGGUGAUGUUGAAAGAAUAGAGGCAUCGAAGACGAAGGACCAUGGCAAGCCAAUCAACAAAGAAAGUUUUCUCGAAGAGGCAAUAAACAUCGCGGAACCCGGGAGGAAACAGAGCAAAGCUAAAAGAAAGCUGGAAGUUAAUACCCAACAAGGAAAAAUAAUGGACGUUCCUAUCCAAAGAUAUGAACCAACAAACGACGGCAGUGUUUCCAGGAUCAACUUUCCUCAAGACGAAACAAGACGACCAGUUGGCCAUCUCGGUUGUCAUAUGCCUUGUUAUUCUUCGUCUGUUUUGUUUCAUUGUUUUCGCUAUUUUUGACAUGACAUGUUUUGCGUACGAGAGAACGCCAAUCACAAAUUGCACACGGAACAUGUUCGUGUCCAAGCCCUUGUCGUUUGUCUAUUCGUGGCUUGCAAUAUCAAUUCUAACAUCCACUGCAAUGCUUGUUGGUAUGAAUCUCAACUUCCUGAAGUGACCUAUUACGGUUUUAAACCUUCGUUCAAGAAAUUACUCAAAAACCAAUCAUUUUGGUCAUUCAACUUCAUCAUGCUCAUUGUACUGAGCCACUAUGUUGUUCGUACUAAUUUUGAAGCAUCAAAGAAGGCUUUUCCACUUAUUCUGAUAGGUUUGAAAGUCCUAAAUUUAACCAUGGUGUACACACUGAACUACGUUCACCCGAUAGGAUUUCCGGAAAGGCUAUUUCAUGCCAAACAUACUGUGCCAUUUCUUGUGUACUGGUCGUAUCUUGUGUUACAUUUUUUGGAGAACCUUUAUUUAUUCAUCAGUAAUUCCUUGGAUAUCAUGGAAAAUAUCUACCCGCUUGGUACAUCGGACACAGAUCGAUUGGUCUUCGUCAUGUUAUACCUGGUUCUCGGUGCAAAUGUUACCUUUCAUCUUCGCUGUGUUGCGUUUUUCUGGACAAAGUUUUUUAACGGUGACAGAGAUCUCUUCUCUGAUAUCUCGACACUAGACGAUAUUCCCACAAAUGACUGACCCGGAAAGAUCGCCACUAAUUUUCCACCCUCAGUACUCUUCUUGGUACUCUUCCAGUUUUUUCAACUAUUAUUAAAAUUUGUCAACACGAUA